UGGAGCAGUACCCACCACACACACACAUCUAUUUAGCUUAUUCUCAAGUAACUGAUGAAGUGUGCUUCUGCAAGCUGUAUGUGGCUAUAAGUUUCGACGUUUGGUUCCUCGCCGUUCCUCUGACCUGUUAUCCGCUGAUUAGGAAGAUCUAUUCAUAUAUAUACAUAUAACGCUUAAUGGAUUACGAGCCUCCGUUUCUGAAAAUCUACAGCGACUUGCUGCGAGAGAGCCAGCAGCUUUCCCCUCUUGUUGGUGAAACACGAAACUAUGAUGACAAGUUCUGUGAGGUACCUUUAAUAGAUAUUGGAAAGUUGAAUGCUGAGAGGGACAUCAUAGAAGCUGCGAGAAAAUGGGGAUUCUUCCAGGUGGUGAAUCACGGGAUUCCACAAGAGCUGCUUGAUGGCUUGAUGCGAGAACAAAUGAUGGAAGUGUUCCAUCGUCCUUUUGGCACAAAGUGUGAGGAACACUUUGUGAAUAAUCUUUCUGCUUCUGCAAGUAGUGGUUACAGGUGGGGGAACCCUUCUGCUACUUCUCUCAGGCAACUUUCAUGGUCUGAAGCUUUCCAUGUAUUUCUUCCUGAUAUAGCAACCAUGGACCACCACACCCGUCUCAGAUCCAACCUCAAGUGUUUUGCAACAAAAGCUGCAUCCCUGGCAGAAAGAUUUGCUGAGAUUCUAGGUGAAGAAGUGAAGAUGAAAUCCAGCUAUUUCCGGGAAAACUGUUUGCCAAACACAAGUUUCUUGAGACUGAAUAGAUAUCCAGUGUGCCCAGUAGCUUCUAGGGUGUUUGGGCUCUUACCUCGCAGUGACUCCAGUUUCCUCACCAUUGUGUAUGAAGACCAGGUUGGAGGAUUGCAGUUGAUGAAAGAUGGUAAGUGGUGCGGAAUCAAACCUAACCCUCAAGCCCUGCUUGUUAAUAUUGGUGAUUUAUUCCAGGCAGCGAGCAAUGGAGUAUACAGAAGCAUAAAGCACAGAGUUUUAGCAGCAGAGAAGGAAGAGAGGUAUUCUGUGGCAUAUUUCUACAGCCCCUCGUACGAUACAGUGAUAGAGAGCCAUGAGAGAGCUGCUUCACUGUACAGGAAGUUCAGUUUCAGAGAGUACAAACAGCAAGCAGAUAGAGACGUUAAGGAGCUUGGUAAUAAAUUGGGCCUCUCCAGGUUCCUUCUCUAGAAACUUCCAACCUCUCCCAUCAUCUCAUCAAAAGUGGCAACAGUUUCACUGCCCAUAUAUCACUUCUAUUCUGUAUAAAUUCAUUGCCUCUUUAUUCCCUUCUACUUCCUCGCAUAUUCUUUCGCUUUUAUAUAUGUUCCGGAUAAGCUUGGCCAGAACAAAAAAGUUGAUCUAAGCUUCAUUACAAGUAUUAUGUAUGUAUGUAUGUAUGUAUGUGAUUGAAGUCACGUUAAGAAUCUAUCAUGAACGUAAUUGUACUAUAUACUAUUAUAGCUGCUUUCCAUGUACUUUGAUCUA